GGAUGGCAAACCGAAACGUAAACAAACUACGCCCACGACCAUACGACAAUGGUCGAGUCGAGACGAGUCGAGUCGGGGCGAAUGCCGAAAGUCCGUAAAUCCUUCUCCAUAGUUAAGCUCGAGCUUCGAGCUUCGAGUCCACUGCCAGAUUGUUAACCAUUGGCAUCGCGUGCAUAUUACGGUUCAGUGUGCGCUUUGUCUAUACCCGAAAUGCCAGCGACUGCGACCGCAACAACAGGAACAAUGGUUCGAUUGGAAUCAUUGGCUAGUUGGAAUGAAACCGAUGCCGCCGUGGAGGACACCAUAACCAUACAGAGCACCCUCUCACCUGGCCUCUUGCUUUGGCUAAUCAUUAAUGCCAUUCUCUUUGUCAUUGUACUUGGUGGCAAUAUCCUAACAAUUGUUGCAGUCCGUACUUGUCGUAAUCUUCGAUCGGUUAUCUCGAAUCUCUUCAUCUUGUCGCUGGCCGUAUCGGAUUUUAUGGUUGGCCUAGCCCUGCCCUAUCAUCUAGCCUUCUAUUUGGGCUCGGAUUUGGGACGCAUACGGGGAUUUUGUUUGAUGCGCUUCUUUCUAUUCAUUUGUGCCUGCUGUGUCUCCAUGAUGACAUUGAUAUCGAUUGCCGUCGACCGCUAUAUAGCCGUUGUCUAUGCCCUUCACUACAGACGUUAUAUGACACGUCGCAUGGCAUAUGCCAUAAUCACAGGAAACUGGUGUUUCGGAGCUUUUAUAGCCCUUCUGCCUGUCUUUUGGAACAACUGGACAGAGGCUCAGAGCUGUGAGUUCGACGAGGUGCUCUCCUCGUGGUAUGUGGCUGGAGUGAUAACUCCCGGUUUUGGCAUCAUCUGGAUAUGCAUGUUUGUCUUCUAUUGGCGGAUUAUGCGUGAGGCCUCCAAGCAGGCACAUCGAUUGCGUCAAUCGGUUGUCUACAACACGAACGCGAGUGGAAGUCUCCUGCAUCCGGAUUGGAAGAGUGUGCAAAUUGUUGUCUUCAUUAUGGGUUCGUUUACGUUAUGCUGGCUACCGUAUUUCAUUGUGGCCAUUGCCCAAUUGUUUCGCAUGUGCCACAGCGGUUCGAUGAUAUACAAGGCGGCGUUUUCAUUAGCCAUUGCCAAUUCGGCAUUGAAUCCGAUUAUUUACUCGUGGAAGAAUGCCGGAUUCCGUCGGGCUUUCGCUCGAACAUUGUGCUGCAAAUCGACGCGUUGGUGUCGUGCUCAUGAUCAUGAUGUUGAUCACGAUGAUGUGGAUGAUCAAUUGCCAGCUGAUUGUAAACAGAGAGUUGAGGAAGCUAGCAGCAGCAAGACAAGUUCAACACAAUGAACACGAAUCCUAUGAUUCGCAACUGGUUCUAGGUGAAAAUAAUGAUACAAAAAUACGAGUACUUCGUUCUGAUAUUGUACCAACUCGAGAGAGAGACACCUUCUAGAAGGCCAAAGGUUGAAUUCUAUCGAUCUGAGCUCUCCCAGAGAUGUGUGGAUGGUGAUUUGAUCAAAUGAUUCGCGUGAUAAUGUUGAAUCGAAUACAAUCAAUACUAUUUACUUUUCAUAUACUUGACCCCAUGGGUACAAUCAACCGACGAUCGGUCUAUUAUUGUUUAAAUACUUUUGAUGUAAUUAAGAAAAUAA